AUGUUUGGCGCCAUCAAGAACUGGUUCUCUCCCGCUCAGGAGAACGAGAACAAGUGGGAUGCCCACACUGUGCAACUCCAGCAGCCUAACAGCCCUGCUGGCCCCACCAUGAACAACGAGACUGUCACUGAACAGCCUGGCGACCGCGAGGAGAUGAGCGUUCACAUGCGUGGUGGUGGUGAGGGUGAAGAUGUUUGCUGCGGCGUGUAA